UGCGUGCAUGUAAGACUAGUUCUAGUAUAAGGCAACAAGGGUGGGACACCGAAAAAUAAAAAAAAAGAAAACAACCUGCUUCAUUUAAAAAUAGGUAAAACAAAAAAAAAAAAAACUGGCCAAUUCAUCAAUUUCUACAAUUUUUAUCUGAUUUUUUAUUUUAAAAAAAAUCCCUUAGUAUAGGAAAAGAGUAAUCGCAACCACAACAUUACAGUAAACUUCCUUGAUCUUCCCCCUCUUCUGAUAUCAGUCUAGCGAAUAUCCAUUUUUUUUUGCUUAAAGCCUCAAACUAAUACUACUAGAUGUAAAUAUGUUACUAACUAAUUUAAUUUUGAUAUUCGGUAUUACUAUUUCAAAACAAAAUAGUAAUCAAUAAAAAACAUAAUCACCCAAGGACCAAGGUAUAGCCUAAACCUAAAAACUCGUAAAUGUAUUAAAGGGAGAUGUCACAAUAAUAAUAGAAUUAAGAAAGUAUCUUUUAAAGCUUCACUUCCUCAACAAACUUUACCGCCAAAACCAACUAAACUACCUUCAUUCCUUCUUCUUCUUCUCUCUCCUCACACUCUGUAAGUCUGUAACAAACACUUUCUCUCUCUCUCUCUCUCAUAAACCCAGAAAUAAUUCUCUCGUAAAACUACAACAAUGGCUUCUUUCUCUCUCCUCCUCUUCCUCUUCAUCACCAUCACCUUCACAUUCAUCUCUACCUCUCUUCAAACCCCAAAUAUCGGCAUAACAAUCAACCACAUUCCUCCAUCCACAACACCUGAACAAAUCGCCGCCAUUAUCAACCGCCAUAACAUAACCUCCGUUAGACUCACAAACCCAAACCCAAAUCUAAUCCGAGCUUUCUCAUACUCUUCAGUCUCUCUCCUUCUAUCAAUCCCCAACUCCUUCGUCUCCUCCCUCGCCUCGAAUCGAUCAAACGCCGUCGUUUGGGUCUACACCAACGUUAUUCCUUUCUACCCUCGUGCAAAUAUCACAACAAUUUCAGUGGGCACUGAUAUUCUGACAUUUCCUUCUGAUCUUUCCGAUGAUCUUCUUCCCGCCAUUAGAAACAUUCAUUUAGUCCUUCAUCAAGUUGGUAUUAGUAAAAUCUCUGUUUCAUCAACUUUCUCUCUCAUCCCACUUAUAACAUCUGCUUUCCCACCUUCUACCGCUGAGUUUUCUGAACCUGCAAUUGAUGUUGUUAUUAAACCCUUGCUUGAUUUCUUGGAAGAGUCGAAUUCGUCUUUCUUGGUUAAUCUUUACCCUUGUGAUUUAUUUGGGUUAAACCGUGAGAUUGUGCUUGGUUUUGCUCUGUUUCAAGAGGGUCCUUUUCUUUUUAUGGAUGAUUAUACUACCGGGGUUCGAUACCGGAAUCUUUUUGAUACUAUGGUUGAUGCGGUGGUUUCCGCCAUGGCUGUUGCUGGUCAUGAGAAUAUUCCUAUCAUUGUUACAGAAACCGGGUGGCCGAGCUCACCUGGGAGUGAUCUUAAGGAGGAGAGUUAUGCUAAUCAGGUUUUUGCUCAAAUGUAUUUGAAAGGGUUGGUUGAUCACUUGAAAUUUGAGGGUGGUGCUACACCAUUGAAGAAAGAUGGAGUUUCUGAAGUUUAUAUCUAUGAGUUGUUUGAUAAAGAGAUAACUCAUAAUAGUUCUUCAAUGAUGCAAUGGGGGAUUUUGUACUCUAAUCUUACUAGUAAGUACAAGCUUGAUUUUAGUGGAUAUUCUAGAGUUUCUGGGUGUAAAGGUUUCUUGCUGAAUCUUGCGUUUUCUUUGUUGAUUUCUACUUUACUGUAA